AUGUCGUGGCGCAGAGACGAGCGAGGCUCCUCGCGCUGGGGCGAGCACGACGACCGGUGGGAGAGUAGGCCGCGGACGCCCGUCUGGGAGCCGCGGCGCAGCGUCAGCCCGCGCCUGUCGCCGCAGCGGGAGCGCCACCGCGAGCGCUACGAGCGCGAGCGCGAGCGCCGGGACCGUUACGAGCGCGACGCGGACCGAUUCCGCCCCCGCGACCGCUACGACAAAAGGGAGCGCGAUCGGCGCAGAUCGCCGCGCCGCUUCGACGACCGGGACGUGCCUUCCGCCCCCUCGCCGCCCAAGAUCAGCGGCGAUUCCGACAGGCACCUCGACUCGCACUCCAGAAGCCGCUCGGGCAGCAAGGACCGCCAGGAUGGCAACGGCGAUGGCUACGACAGCAAAUACGAUUGGCGUGACAAAUAUGACGAGAACCAAACUGUUAACGCUUCGGCUGGCGAUUGGUUCUGUAAGUGUGGCUCCUACAAUUUCAAACGUCGCCUUGUCUGCUACAGGCGCAAUUGCCAAGGCAAAAGAUCGGAAGGCACCGUCUUGGGUAUAGACUCAGAAAGAGGCAAUACGUCUGAUGUUAUGUCAGAGGCAGAUAGAGUUAACGCUGCUGCAGCGGUAGCUCAAUCUGCCAUCACUGCUGCUCAAGCACGGCAAAUGGCUUGGGUACCUGUGUCAGUCCCUGUAUUUGUCUCUUCAAACUCCCAAAUGAACUCUUCUGGUAAAACACCUACUGGUGAUGGAAAGACGGUGUAUAGUGCGCCUGAUAACACGGACCAGCCUAAACUCCCUAGUCCUCCAGAGGCAACUACCGAAAAUACAAUUAUAAAAGAACCAGAAGAGAAGAAAAGGAAAGACAAAGAAGACAAAGUUAAGGUUGCCAAGAAGAUUGCAAAGGAUAUGGAAAGAUGGGCUCGAACUUUAAAUCAAAAGAAAGAAAAUGCCAGAAGCAACUUUGUGAUGGAGCAACCUUUGGACACUGCUGCAAGUAAAGGCUCUGCUGAUAUUGGUUUCUCAGUUCUAGGAGCUGGACCUUCCUUAACCCAUGUCAGAGAGAUAUCGCCCCCUCCAUUGUCAACAGAUGAAUUUCUUGUCAAAAAAACAGAGUCUGGAGUAUUUGACAGUGAUGAGGGAAUCAUUGAUUGGGGAAAAUUGACAUGUCUUAUUUGUAAACGUAAAUUCCCCUCUGUAGAAGUGCUGACAAAACACAAAACAUUAUCAGAUUUGCACAAACAGAAUUUAGCAGAGUAUAGGAAAAAAAAUGAUUUAUUACCACACCCAAAUGGUUAUAGGGAUCGGGCAGCUGAAAGGAGAAUGAAAUUUGGUGAAGAUGAACCCCCACUCGUCAGAAAGCGCUUUGAACCUUCAGAAAUGUCUCAUCAACAAUCAAUGUCGCAUCCUCCUCCAUCUGUAGUUGACACCAUUGGAGGUAAGAUGUUGCAAAAGAUGGGUUGGUCCGAGGGUCGAGGUCUAGGGAAAGAAGAGCAGGGCAGAAUAGCGCCAAUUGAAGCCGAACAAAGACCCACUUUAGCAGGACUUGGACAAAAAAGAGAUGUUGCUGCAUCAAGCUUCCUAAGGGCCUGCGUUAAGAUUUGCCCAACACUGCGCGAGUCAACGCCAGCGACCAGACUCCGUGCCAAACAAAAUUGUGUUACAAAAUACACCCUCUGUAUA